AUGCCUAAUCGCACAAACGAUUUAACCAAACCCACCACAAAAAAGAUCCCCUCAAAAGUCUGUUCAUCGAAAUCACGAGGUCGAGUCGUCACAUCUCCGGGGACUUCAGACGACGAGGUGAGCCAUGUCAGCAGCGAGGGAAGGUCAUCUGAUUUAGAAAGUUCAAAAGGAUCUACUUGUUCGGGGGAUUGUGGAAAGGUUAGAGGAUGUGGAAGGAAAGAGAAGAGUGUUAGUUUGGAGUUUUAA